CAGUUCCGCUGGGAGUCGCAUCCUACCUGGUUCUGAGGUGUACCGCCUUCCACUCUCCCUCUUACUCACCGGGCUACUGCUGAGGGGUGAGACAAACUCUGAGCUUGGGGACAGAGCUGGUGCAGGACUGACAGAAAAAGCGACCUCAUGGGUUCUUGGAAAGCCUUCUUCUUUUCUCCUUUCCUCCUCUGGAGUCAAACUAGAGGGAUGAGAUUGAUGUUCUUAUUACUGACGCUGCAUUUGGGAAACUGUGUUGAUAAAGCAGAUGAUGAAGAUGAUGAAGAUUUAACUGUGAACAAAACAUGGGUUUUGGCACCAAAAAUUCAUGAAGGAGAUAUCACACAAAUCCUCAAUUCAUUGCUUCAAGGCUAUGACAACAAACUUCGUCCAGAUAUAGGAGUGAGGCCCACAGUAAUAGAAACUGAUGUUUAUGUGAACAGCAUUGGGCCGGUUGAUCCCAUAAAUAUGGAAUACACAAUAGAUAUAAUUUUUGCACAAACCUGGUUUGAUAGUCGUUUAAAGUUCAAUAGCACCAUGAAAGUACUCAUGCUGAACAGCAACAUGGUGGGCAAAAUUUGGAUUCCUGACACUUUUUUCAGAAACUCGAGAAAAUCUGAUGCUCACUGGAUAACAACUCCUAAUCGCCUGCUACGAAUUUGGAAUGAUGGAAGGGUUCUAUAUACUCUACGAUUGACAAUUAAUGCAGAAUGUUAUCUUCAGCUUCAUAACUUCCCUAUGGAUGAACAUUCCUGUCCUUUGGAAUUCUCAAGCUAUGGAUACCCUAAAAAUGAAAUUGAGUAUAAGUGGAAAAAACCCUCCGUAGAAGUGGCUGAUCCUAAGUAUUGGAGAUUGUAUCAGUUUGCCUUUGUAGGCUUACGAAACUCAACUGAAAUCUCCCACACAAUCUCUGGGGAUUAUAUUAUCAUGACAAUUUUCUUUGACCUGAGCAGACGAAUGGGCUAUUUCACUAUUCAGACCUACAUACCCUGCAUCCUAACAGUUGUUCUAUCUUGGGUGUCUUUUUGGAUCAACAAAGAUGCAGUACCUGCGAGAACAUCACUGGGUAUCACUACAGUCUUGACGAUGACAACCCUGAGCACGAUUGCCAGGAAGUCUUUACCUAAGGUUUCCUAUGUGACUGCGAUGGAUCUCUUUGUUUCUGUUUGUUUCAUUUUUGUGUUUGCAGCUUUGAUGGAAUAUGGAACCUUGCAUUAUUUUACUAGCAACAGUAAAGGAAAAACUACUAGAGACAGGAAGCUUAAAAACAAGGCCUCGGUAUCCCCUGGCCUCCACACUGGAUCCACUCUGAUUCCCAUGAACAGCAUUUCUUUGCCUCAAGGGGAUGAGGAUUAUGGCUACCAAUGUUUAGAGGGCAAAGACUGCGCCAGCUUCUUCUGUUGCUUUGAAGACUGCAGGACGGGGUCCUGGAGGGAAGGAAGGAUACACAUACGCAUUGCCAAAAUUGACUCCUAUUCAAGAAUCUUUUUUCCAACAGCCUUUGCCCUGUUCAACUUAGUUUACUGGGUUGGCUAUCUUUACUUGUAAAUUCCACUACUAGGUUAAAAUAAUAAAAGCCUGGCUAAGUCCAAUACAAUCUAUUCUACUGCAGGAACAUGAAGCUUAAAAUUUAAAGGCAAAGAAUACAGUGGCUAAAAUCAGAGUGGUACUGUAAUAAUUUUUAAGACUUUCACACAUAAGUAGAUAGCAGCUUUCAGACUAAUUUAUCUAAAUUGAUAUGCAAUUGAUUGUCAAAUUAGCGUAUUGAAA